GUGUUGUUCGCCGCAAACAUCAAAUUUGUCGAUAGGCUUGUAUGCAAAGAAAAAAAAAAACGUACAAGAAGUGCUAUUGAAAAUACACAAAAAUUACUACUAAGAGUUACUGUGAGACUGGAAAGUGUGUGCUGUCUUUGUGCAUAAAAUGGCACAGGUUGCUUUUGUUGAUAGCAUGCUGCGGGAGUAUUUGGUGUUUCGAGGCUAUUCAAACACACUCAAAGCACUCGAUGUGGAGCAACGGAAUGAGAAGGAUCAACAUUUUCGUGCCGAGCGUUUAAUUGAACAUUUCAACACUGCCAUCCAAGCAUCUGAUUUGACAGCUGUUCGCAGUCUGUGGCUGCAUCUGGACAACAAUCUGUUCAGCAAGCUAGAUCACACUUAUGCUGUGGCUGUCAAAAAGCUGGAGAACAGUCUACUCAAAUACUAUUUGGUAACUGCAUAUAGCAAUAACAGGACUGACAAGAUAUCCGAGUUCUUCAAUAAAUUGGCUGCGGAGCUGCAGCAGCAAAGCGAGUGGAAAGAUUGGUUCUUUUUCCCCUUCUGUCGCAACGCGGAGGAAUCCCCCACAUUUACGCUCUUCUUUACCAAGCCGUGGCAGGAUACGCUGCUUCUAUCCCUGCGCAAUUUCCUGACCACAGUCUACCAAUGCCUGCCACAGCCCAGUUUUGUGCGCGCCGAGCAAGAGGCGGCGCACAUGCAGCGUCUGCAGGACGACAACACACGACUCCGUGCGCGACUGUUGCAGCUGCAACAGGAGCAACAACAACAGCAGGUGAGCAGCUCAUCGCAGAAUCUCAGCGGCGAGACAAGCAGCGCUCGACGUCGCAGCUCGUAUCAUCGACAGCAGCAGAGUCUGAGCGACAUUUUGCCCUUUGACAUUAGUCCACCGGGUCACAUUGUGGAUGACUUUUGUAUUAUUGCCUCCGAGGCGAACAGCGUAGCGCAAGCGAGCGAUGCUCAGGCACGUGGCCUCAAAUUACUCAUACGCAACAUUGGCUCUGGCAGCUCUCCUGUGCUGGCACGCAAGGAUAACAAUGGCGGCGGCGACAAAUCGUCGAGCAAACGUCGCUCCGGCAGCGUGGGACGCAGUUGGAUAUAAAAAGAAGACCAAGUCUGUUUUUGGGAAAUAGUUCUUUUAGUUUUUAUUUAUUUGCGCUUCCUCUUAAAAGCAAAAAGACGUACAAAAUAAAAUAAAAGAGCAAAAUGCGUGUAAGGGUAUUAUUUAAUUGCAAUAAAUAACGUAAAAUUACAAAAUAAAUAUGUUGUUGUAUGUUGACGAUUCGUGUAUAAAAUAGUAUCUCUAGAGCUCUCUCCACUUUUCGGUCUAUACAAAAUACAAGCGGCACACAAUUUAAAAAAAAAUACACAAUUUAUUGUAUAUUUCAUUAGGUAUAUAAUUGUAAUUGUAUAAUUGCAUUCCAUAUAUACUAUAUAUAGUAUAUAGCAUGUGUAUAAUUACGAUUUUUGCAUAAAGUAGCUUCGAUUUUGACUUGGCAUUCAAU